GCUCACGAGAUGCUCACCUGCCGUAUGAAAGGUGUCGCGGAAGUUACCCUUUCGAACUUUAUGCUCGCUCUGGAUAUUUUUAGCCAGCGCUUGCUCGUAUUAGGCUUGCAACCCAGGGCGCCGCCGCGGGCGCCAAGAUGCUGUCUUCGUGCGGCUUCGACUUUCUCUUGGGAAUUGGCAUGCCCGCGCAACUGCUUUGGGAUGUUUUUCCCACUGUGUGCAUGGGAAUAAGACUGUGUUACGCGCGACACGAAGAAAAAAAUGCGGACCUUGCCUAUUUUCGCGACGGCGUGGCGGAAUGCAUAGGAAGAGGAUUGAGCUUUGCCAAGGGAAUACGGCCCGAUCUGUUCUCUCACGUUACAAGCGAGUUAAUACCGCAUGCUCAAGAGUGCAUGCGGACCACCUUGCCUUCUGACGUCAGAGUAGCCCUCGCCAUGAUGCGCUACGCCCGAAACAUCAUGCUUCGCGGAAGGACUGGCUGAAAAAUGAUCUUCGCAAUCACUUUGUCGGACAGCGCAA